AUGGUUGAUCAUCGAAGCGUCUUUCACGCGAUUUGCUUUGGUUUCUACGCGUAUACGUGCUGGUUUGACGCGGGUUUGAUUUCCGGUGAUCUGUUGCCGAUUUCGGGGAAUUUCUUCUCAAAAUUCGUUUGGUUGACAAUGGUGGACUUGUACCUCCAAACUUUCUACCACUUGUGGGGAAUCUUUUCACCAUCCUGCUCAUGCAACAAGGCUUUCCACUAUACCGCCAAAGUGUUGGUUGGACCGAUUGGACUAUCAGUUGUUCUCUUGUUCUGGGCAUUGUACACACUCGAUCCCGAUUUCCUUCUUCAUGAUGAGAAUGCGAAGAAGAUUAUAGCAAUAACUUGGUUCAAUAAUGCAAUUCACUCGGCACCAGCGUUGACCGUUUUCCUGGAUACGAUUCUCUGGCAACACGGUCGAAUCACAAAGGGAGCUGCUGUCACUGGGAUCACCAUUUUUGCUAUUCUGUACCUAAUUGAUAUUCACUACGUUCACUACAUCUCUGGCUUCUGGGCAUACCCAAUUUUGGGACUCUUGCCCCUUCCAGCACGGGCAUUGUUCAUCGUCGCUUGUGUUGCGGUCUUCUUCAUUCAAUACGUUUUCUUGGACACAAUCUCUGGCUGGAUUCACGGAGUGCCGAUUGUCGAACCAGCAAAGAAACACGGAAAGAAGCACCAU